AUGAAGGGAUUGAAACCAGAUAAAAAGAAGGAAAGAGAAUAUGCAAGGCAAGAGGAUGUAUUGAUUCCUAAAGGGGGUCGUUUAACUCGUCGAUCUGCACAAAUUGAAAUUAAGGAUAGUAUUGUUGUUCAUGCUAGUGAUAGCGAUAAUGAGGUGACUGUGAGUGGUGAAGAGGAGAAUAAAAGUGAAGGGAAUAUGAUAACAGUGAAAGAAGUGUUCCAAAUUGGUGAAUCGACUGCAGCAGACUUGAGUCUCAAUCCACCCGAAGCGAAGCGUUUUAAAGAUUGUGGAAUCCCUUAUGAAGUGUUUAUUGCGAUAGCUGGAACAUUCGGUUCUACAGAUAAUGCAAAUAAACUUCAACAGAGGUAUGUAGAAAUGAAGGGACGUGCAAAUAAUUCUCAGUUAAAUGAAGAAACAUCAACAUUAUUUCCAAAUUUAGAUAACCCCUUUGAGGUGCACAGGGCUGUCACCAGUGGUCGACGCAAAGUCCUAUCACGAGCUGAUGCUUUACAUUCAUAUAGGACAUUAUUUUGUCGUCGAUGUUUUAAGUACGACUGUUCUUUGCAUCCGUAUAAGUCCACUCCGUCGAUGUGGAGUCAUCGUUGGCCGAUCGAUACCACGAAAGAUGCCGAAACAAACGCCCCAUAUUGUGGUUCAUGGUGUGUCCGCGAAGCAAUACGAGGAACUAGCAACGUGGAAUGGAAUCCUGAAGAAAAAUGUCUAUAUGAAGUAUUAGCUCCAUUGUUUAUCCCCUACGGGCAUCCAUCUUUUAAUUUGUACAACUGGUGUUGUAAAAUGUCGAAAUUACUUGGGACGAAGAAGUGUUCUGAUGUGUUGGCAUAUACAAGUACACAGAAUCUAUCGACACUUCUACUCCCAGAUGCUGGUCAGUUGAGUUCAUUACGUAUACCGGGUACUGGUGAAGUAUGGGGUCGACGGUCAGGUAGUAUAGCGUCGUUAAAUGAUAAUGACUGCACCGGAUCAGGAUCAUGUAGUGGAAGUGUUCAUGAUGAUGGAGGAUUUGGUGAUGAGGUGUUUGUGGCGAAUGAAUCAAGUAGUUCUAAUGUUUUAACAACAAAUCUUCGUAAACGAUCGAAAAAGCGUGUUAAAAAGAGCAUGAAAUUGGAAUUGCCAACUCCUUGUGAAGACGAUGAUGAAGACUCGCAAACGAAUGGUUCUGUUCAAAACGGUUUGAGGAACACUACCACUAGUAAUAAUGAUGGCAAUGCCACCCUACCAAGUGGUUGUCUCGCGCAUCAAUAUCAUCCGUGUGAUCAUCCUGGAGAACGGUGUAAUGAUUUGUGUUCAUGUAAGAAGGCUGGAACAUUUUGUGAGAAAUUUUGUCAAUGUCCACCUGAUUGUACGAAUAGGUUUCCAGGAUGUCGUUGUCGUGGUCAUUGUAACACGAAACUAUGUCCUUGUUUUUUGGCUGUGAGAGAAUGUGAUCCAGACCUGUGUCUGUCAUGUGGGGCACAGGCAUCUUUGGGAUCAUUCACUUCAGUGGAGGAAUUAUUCAAUGUCUUAAGAGUUAGUUCGCCAGUUUUUAAAGGACCAUGUCGAAACGUGGCGAUACAAAGAGGCUUACGGAAGCAUCUGUUGAUGGCACCAUCUGAUGUUUCUGGUUGGGGCAUAUUUAUCAAAGAUGGUGCAGAUAAGAACGAAUUUAUCUAUGAAUAUUGUGGUGAGAUCAUUAGUCAAGACGAAGCUGAUCGACGUGGAAAGAUUUAUGAUAAAACCAUGAGCAGUUUCUUGUUCAAUCUUAAUCGUGAUUUUGUCGUCGAUGCAACGCGAAAGGGUAACAAGAUCCGAUUCGCCAAUCAUUCAGUUAAUCCGAAUUGUUAUGGAAAGGUGGUCAUGGUGAACGGUGAUCAUCGAAUCGGUAUAUUCGCAAAACGUGCUAUUCUCCCUGGAGAAGAACUAUUCUUCGACUAUCGUUAUGGUCCCAUGGAACAGUUGAAAUAUGUUGGGAUUGAAAGAGAUACAGAUGCUCCGAAAACUUCUACUUCUGCUACUGGUAGUAGUAGUAGUAGUAGUAGCAGUAGCAAUCCUUCAUGUCUACCGAAUAAGUCCAGUGAAUUUCCUGCAUCGCCAUCCAGUCAUUCAGUGGAGAAAUCAAACUGAUAUAAUCGAAUGUGGUGAGUUUGAAUGUUUAAUAAGGAUGUGUUUUGUAACCCAGUGGCUAAAUCGUCAACAAGUUGACUUUGUAAUUAUUUCAAUACUCUCAGGGUGGGACAUGACUGACUCUCCAGCUUUUGUGAGCACUAGACUUUGACGAUGAUGAUGAUGAUGAUGAUGAUUAGUCAUAAUAGA